AUGAAAUCUAUAUUAAAUAUUAUUCUUUUUUUAAUUUUUUUAAAUUUAUAUAAGUGUGCUAAUAUAUCAAGUGAAGUAGAUAACACCCCUAGUACCAAAGUUUCUAGCAAUUUAAAAUCUAAUUUAAGAAGCUGUACUUCUAAUGUUGUUCUUUCAUCAAUCAUAGAUUCUACCAAAUUGGAAGGAACAGAUGGUGAAAGUUCAAACGAGAGUGUAACUUUAACUAAUAAUAUUAAAGAUCAUACACCUAACGAAUCAAAUAUAUCUAACGAGUCAAAUAUAUCUAACGAAUUAAAUAUAACUAACGAGUCAAAUAUAUCUAACGAAUCAAAUAUAUCUAACGAAUCAAAUAUAUCUAACGAGUCAAAUAUAUCUAACGAGUCAAAUAUAUCUAACGAGUCAAAUAUAUCUAACGAAUUAAAUAUAACUAACGAGUCAAAUAUAUCUAACGAAUCAAAUAUAUCUAACGAAUCAAAUAUAUCUAACGAAUUAAAUAUAACUAACGAGUCAAAUAUAUCUAACGAAUCAAAUAUAACUAACGAAUUAAAUAUAACUAACGAAUUAAAUAUAACUAACGAGUCAAAUAUAUCUAACGAGUCAAAUAUAACUAACCAAUCAAGUGUACCAAAUGUAAAGAGUGUCAAUGAAGUAUCUCAAUUUGAAUUACUUAAAGAAGCAGUAGAAAAUCAUUCAGAAACCAAGGAUGUUUUAUUAAAUGAAAAGGAAAAUUUUUCAAGUGGAUUGAAAAAAAAUGUUGAUUUGGAAUCUGAAGAACAACACUUUGAGUCAUUCUAUGAUAUGAAUAUGCACACAGAAGGAGGAAUAAAAAAAUUCAAAAAUGUACUUAAGUCUUAUUUUAAUCCAUCCAAAGGAGAUAGUAAUACUGAAGGUGAUGAAUCAGGAGUAUUGGAAUCCUUAUUUGAUAGCAUAUUAAACCCUAUAGAUUCAUUGUUAGAAAGAUUUAGAGGAUCUAACUAUACAAAUUCAGAUUCUAAUGUGAAUAAAAAUUCGAAGGGAAAAGAACAAAAUAAAUACCACAAUAAUAUAUACUUAGAUGAAGAAGAUGAUUUGAGUGAUACAGAAAAUUAUAAUGAUGGAAGUAUUUAUUUAUACGAAGCAGAUGAAUUGAGUGACCCAGAAACAUAUGAUGAUGGAAGUAUAUAUUUAGAUGAAUCAGAUGAAUUGAGUGACCCAGAAACAUAUGAUGAUGGAAGUAUAUAUUUAGAUGAAUCAGAUGAUUUGAGUGAUCCUGAAACAUAUGAUGAUUGUAGUAUAUAUUUAGAUGAAGCAGAUGAAUUGAGUGACCCAGAAACAUAUGAUGAUGGAAGUAUAUAUUUAGAUGAAUCAGAUGAUUUGAGUGAUCCUGAAACAUAUGAUGAUGGUAGUAUAUAUUUGGAUGAAUCAGAUGAUUUGAGUGACCCUGAAACAUAUGCUGAUGGAAGUAUAUAUUUAGUUGAAGCAGAUGAAUUGAGUGACCAUGAAACAUAUGAUGAUGGAAGUAUAUAUUUAGAUGAAGAGUAUGAUUUGAGUGACCCUGAAACAUAUGAUGAUGGAAGUAUAUAUUUAGAUGAAGCAGAUGAAUUGAGUGACCCAGAAACAUAUGAUGAUGGAAGUAUAUAUUUAGAUGAAGAGUAUGAUUUGAGUGACCCUGAAACAUAUGAUGAUGGAAGUAUAUAUUUAUUUGAAGCAGAUGAAUUGAGUGACCAUGAAACAUAUGAUGGUGGAAAUAUAUAUUUAGUUGAAGCAGAUGAAUUGAGUGACCAUGAAACAUAUGAUGGUGGAAAUAUAAAUUUAGAUGAAUCAGAUAAUUUAAAUGGCUCCAAAAGUAAAACAAAAGAAGAUAACUACCAUUUAUAUUAUUGGGAUGAUUUUUAUAAUGAAUAUAAACCAACUCAUUUAAAUUAUCUUAUGCAUUAUACAGUUCAUGAACCAAACAAUUUUUAUAAUACUACUAAUGAAGAAACGAACAAAUUAAAUGGUAAAACCAAUGAAGAAACGAACAAAUUAAGUGGUACAACUAAUGAAGAAACGAACAAAUUAAAUGGUAAAACCAAUGAAGAAACGAACAAAUUAAAUGGUACAACCAAUGAAGAAACACACAAUUUUUACUACCCUACUCAUGAAGAAUCAUACAAUUUUUAUUACACAACUAAUGAUGAAUAUAAUGUUCCAUUAGAUUAUAAUAAUGACUACGAGUAUAAUUACUUUGAAUAUGAUAAUUAUAAUAUUAAAAAUGUUAAAGACAAUUUGGUAAAAAAAGUUAAUGAUUUUAUGGAAUCAGAUAAUUUAAUACUUAAUACUUUUAAAGGUAUAGCUGGAGGUGUCACUAGUUUUUUCGGAUAUUAA